CAACGAGCGACGGGCGGCGGAGGACGCGGAGGAGGAAGGGGAGGCCGACCAACAAGAUGGCCCCUGCUGCAGGAGCAGCCUCAGCAGCAGCAGGUGGGGGGCUGGAGGCGGCGCUGGCGGUGGCGGCGACGGCCGUGGUCCGGCGGCCUGGGACAGAGUCAGAGUCGAUGGUGGCAGCGGCGGCGACGGCGGCUGCCGCGACGGUGGCGACGGCCGCAGGGACUCGGAGCUGAGAGGAGCUGCUGCUCGGACCAGCGCGGUUAUAUUUCACACUAUGUGCUGACUGUAUCUACAGAAGAUAUUUAAAAAAAAAAGAUAAACUUUUUUCCAAGAUUUUGAUUCCAGUGGAAUCUUUGCUUUAGAUUUUUUUUUGUGUGUGUGUGUGUUAGUGAAUUGUAACUCCAGAAGCAAUGCCUGUACAAGCUCCACAAUGGACGGAUUUCCUUUCCUGCCCAAUUUGCACUCAGACUUUCGACGAAACAAUUCGAAAACCCAUCAGUUUGGGCUGUGGCCAUACUGUCUGCAAAAUGUGCCUGAAUAAACUCCACCGUAAGGCUUGCCCAUUUGACCAGACCACUAUCAAUACAGACAUUGAGCUCCUUCCUGUGAACUCAGCAUUACUGCAGCUUGUGGGUGCUCAGAUCCCUGAGCAACAGCCCAUUACUUUGUGUAGUGGGGUCGAAGAUACAAAGCAUUAUGAGGAAGCCAAGAAAUGCGUAGAAGAAUUAGCAUUGUACCUGAAGCCACUUAGCAGUGCUAGAGGAGUAGGUUUGAAUAGCACUACUCAGAGUGUUCUGAGUCGUCCAAUGCAGAGGAAGCUUGUGACUCUGGUCCACUGCCAGCUAGUGGAAGAAGAAGGCAGGAUACGUGCUAUGAGGGCUGCUCGAUCUUUAGGUGAACGAACAGUUACAGAGCUCAUUCUCCAGCACCAGAAUCCUCAGCAACUCUCCUCUAAUCUCUGGGCAGCAGUCAGAGCUAGGGGAUGCCAGUUCCUUGGACCAGCAAUGCAGGAGGAAGCUCUGAAGCUAGUCUUGCUGGCCUUGGAAGAUGGUUCUGCGUUGUCACGGAAAGUGUUGGUUCUCUUUGUGGUACAAAGACUAGAGCCACGUUUUCCUCAAGCAUCGAAAACCAGUAUUGGACAUGUUGUUCAGCUCCUCUACAGAGCCUCCUGCUUCAAGGUCACCAAACGUGAUGAAGACUCUUCUUUGAUGCAGCUGAAAGAAGAAUUUAGGACUUAUGAAGCUCUGCGGCGAGAACAUGACUCCCAGAUAGUACAAAUCGCUAUGGAAGCAGGCUUAAGGAUUGCACCAGACCAGUGGUCCUCUUUGCUUUAUGGAGACCAGUCUCACAAAUCUCAUAUGCAAUCCAUUAUUGACAAGUUGCAGACCCCUGCCUCUUUUGCACAGAGUGUUCAAGAGCUAACAAUUGCUCUCCAGCGGACUGGAGACCCAGCAAACUUGAACCGACUAAGACCCCAUUUGGAGCUACUAGCAAAUAUUGACCCUAGUCCAGAUGCUCCUCCUCCAACAUGGGAACAGCUAGAAAAUGGCCUGGUUGCUGUACGUACAGUAGUACAUGGGCUGGUUGAUUAUAUCCAGAACCACAGCAAAAAAGGAGCAGAUCAACAACAGCCUCCACAGCAUAGCAAAUACAAAACAUACAUGUGUCGAGAUAUGAAGCAGAGGGGAGGAUGCCCUCGUGGGGCCAGCUGUACAUUUGCACACUCGCAGGAAGAACUGGAGAAAUUUCGUAAAAUGAACAAACGUCUGGUUCCCAGAAGACCCCUGAGUGCUUCUUUGGGUCAACUUAAUGAGGUGGGCCUGCCUUCACCUAUACUUCCUGAUGAAAGUGCAGUGGAUUUGUCCAGCAGGAAACCUCCUGCACUACCAAAUGGAAUUGUAUCGGCAGGGAGCACAGUGACACAGCUGAUUCCACGAGGGACAGACCCCAGCUUUGAUUCUAGUCUGAAACCAGGAAAGCUAGACCACCUGAGCAGCAGUGCUCCUGGAUCCCCUCCUGACCUGCUGGAAUCUGCCCCUAAGAGUAUUUCUGCCUUACCUGUGAAUCCACAUCCUGUACCUUCAAGGGGACCAACAGAUCUGCCUCCUAUGCCAGUCACCAAACCAAUUCAGAUGGUACCUCGAGGUUCUCAGUUAUAUCCAGGACAACAAGCAGAUGUUUAUUAUCAGGAUCCUCGAGGAACUGCCCCAGCAUUUGAGCCAGCACCUUAUCAGCAGGGUAUGUACUAUCCUCCAACACCAUGUGUAUCCCGCUUUGUCCGGCCUCCACCAUCUGCUCCUGAACCUGGUCCUCCAUACUUGGAUCAUUAUCCACCCUACCUCCAAGAUCGUGUCAUAAACUCUCAGUAUGGCACACAGCCACAACAGUACCCACCUAUGUACCCACCUCACUAUGAUGGCCGCCGUGUAUACCCUGCUCAGUCUUAUACAAGAGAGGAGAUUUUCCGGGAAAGCCCUAUACCCAUUGAGAUUCCAUCUGCAGCAGUGCCAUCCUAUGUUCCUGAGUCCAGAGAACGAUACCAGCAGGUAGAGGGUUACUAUCCAGUGGCCCCUCAUCCAGCUCAGAUCAGACCUUCAUACCCCAGGGAGCCUCCCUAUAGUCGGCUUCCUCUUCCCCAACCCCAUCCUAGUCUGGAUGAGCUACAUCGCAGACGGAAGGAAAUAAUGGCCCAGUUAGAAGAAAGAAAGGUUAUCUCUCCACCUCCUUUUGCACCUUCACCGACAUUGCCUCCUGCAUUCCAUCAAGAAGAAUUUUUAGAUGAAGAACUGAAGAUAGCUGGAAAAUACAAAGCAAAUGAUUAUAGCCAAUAUUCUCCCUGGUCAUGUGAUACCAUCGGCUCCUACAUUGGAACCAAAGAUGCAAAACCCAAAGAUGUUGUGGCAGCAGGGAGUGUGGAAAUGAUGAAUGUAGAAAGUAAAGGAAUGAGAGACCAGCGAUUGGAUCUUCAGAGAAGAGCAGUGGAAACUAGUGAUGAUGACCUCAUCCCAUUUGGAGACCGACCGACAGUAUCUCGGUUUGGUGCCAUCUCUCGAACAUCCAAAACGCUGUAUCAGGGUGCUGGCCCAAUGCAGGCUAUGGCACCUCAGGGAGCACCCACAAAAUCUAUUAGUAUUUCAGAUUAUAGUCCAUAUGGAGCUCAUGGUGGCUGGGGAGAUUCUCCAUAUUCACCUCAUGCAAACAUACCUCCUCAGGGACACUUCAUUGAGAGAGAGAAAUUGUCCAUGGCAGAAGUGGCCAGUCAUGGAAAACCCCUCCUAUCUGCUGAAAGAGAACAACUACGGCUAGAAUUGCAGCAACUGAAUCAUCAGAUCAGCCAGCAGACCCAGUUACGUGGACUAGAGGCUGUUAGUAACCGGCUAGUAGUACAGAGGGAGGUGAACACCCUGGCGGGCCAGCCACAGCCCCCUCCAAAAUGGCCUGGAAUGAUCUCAAGUGAGCAGCUAAGCUUGGAACUACAUCAGGUGGAAAGGGAAAUUGGGAAGAGAACCCGGGAAUUGAGUAUGGAGAACCAGUGUUCUGUCGACAUGAAAAGCAAAUUGGCUACAAGUAAACAAACAGAAAAUGGACAGCCAGAACCACAAAACAAGGUCCCAGCUGAAGACCUUACAUUGACAUUCAGUGAUGUACCAAAUGGAUCAGCUUUGACACAAGAGAAUCUCAGCCUCCUGUCAGACAAGACCAGCUCUAUGAACCUGUCAGAAGACCCUGAGGGAGGAGGAGAUAACAGUGAUUCCCAGAGAUCAGGAGUUACUUCCAGUUCUGCUCCCUAGGAUAUGGGCGCCUGCUUCUACCUUCUGCUCCUGAUCAGUUUGUGGGGCAUAGAGAUAGAAGAAUGGAUAACUUCUAAACUUUCUGAGUGCUCAGCAAAAUCCAGGAAAAGCAGCCAAGGCGAUGUGCACAAAUACUACAACUAAACAAACCUGCACAUAGUUCACAUUAAUGCAUUUUUUUAAUUUAAAGAAAAGAAAAUUAGCAGUAUCUGCAAGCAAUUCAGAUUAAAUUUGUUUUUGUUCUGUGAAUGAACUUUAUUUUAAUAACUUUGGACGCCUUGGAUCCAGGGCUUUAAAAAAAAAAGAAGAUAUUAUAUAUACACUCUGUUUGAUUAAUUGUAUGAUCUUAAUGAAGUAGGUUUUUCUUGUAUUUUGGUAUUAUUACAUACCCAGUGUAUAAUUCCUUUCUCCCAGUCCUUCCAACUCUCACAACUGUAAACUAAAAUAGACAAAAAAGCACCGUUUCCAAGAAUUCUGUGGUAAUAGAUUGGGUUAUUAGAAACUGUGCAGCAAACUGAUUUUAUUAGAGCGAUUCUUUAACCCCGCCCAUACCCACCCUGUUUCUGGAUCACUGGCUUUGUGGGUAGACACUUUUUUUUUUUUACAACAGUAAAACUUAUCUGAGGGUUUUAAUUUCAACUUUUUAGAGAUAUCAACAGGCAGUUGAUUAUAUUGAGCUACACAUUUCCAUGUUAAGGAUUCCUCGCAUUCUCGCCUCAAAAUCUGAAAGCCUAUUUAGUACUUACAGUGUUUAAUUAGAUUUAAGUGAAGAUUACUUUAAGAACGAACUCUAAACUGGACAUGAUAGCUCAUUCCUGUAAUCCCAGAACUCAAGAUGUUGAGGCAGGAGAAAACCAAAAUAAGAAAAAGAAAUGAGCUUCAAAUUGUUAAUAAUAAAAAUAAAUAAUUCCUGUUCUCCUGUGUUAAGCUCAUGUUGGAAAAUUGGAGCUGUGCGUACAAAUUAAACUUCUUUUGAAACUCUAGAAUGGACAAACCAGGACAAUGAACCAUGUCCUAAAACUUGGUGAUAUGGCUCAGCAAAAGAGCAUUGGCUGUUCUCCCAGAGGACCCAGAUUCUUCCCAGCACCCACAGGGAGGCUUACAGCUGCUAGUAACUUCACUUCCAAGGGAUCUCAAAUCCUCUUCUGGCCCGUGUGGGCACCAGGCCCACAUGAGUGCAUGUGCAUACACACAGACAACACACACACAUAAAAUUUCAAAAUUAAAUAAACCUUAACACUUGAUAUGAACUGCAAUAAAGAGGGACAUAUUAUUUCAGUAGAAUUUUUAUUUUCUUUUCAAAAGCAUAAGAGAUUUGGCAGAUAGAAACUGCCUGAGUCUUCAGGAUAGUUUAUGCAUCGAUUACUUGUUGCCACUCAGAAUUACUAGCAUAACUAGUAAUAAAUGACUUGAAGUGAGGUUUCGUAGACUUGGCUUUCUGACAUUAGAAACGUUUAUGAAAACGUUGAAGAGUAAGGAAGGAUUUUUAUUUAGUUCUGCUGCACAUAUUCUAAUGCUACCACUAUAUGCUUAAUUUACUAAACCUCUGUAAAAUGAGUUCGGUGGGGGACUAUUUCAUAAAAUCACUCCAUCCCUCUUAUUGUCUGAUGUCAGUUUCCCUUUCUAGAUAAUACUUCUAAACAAGAAAGCACUGGUUAUGUAAUAAGUUACUGCAUUGCUUUGGUUGGGUAAAAGAAAAAGUUUAUAUUUUUCUUAUUUCUUAUAUUCUUAACCCUUAACUCCUGCUGAGGUCAGAGCCACCUCAGUCUAAGCUCUGUGUCCAUUUCAUAUUGUUAUUGAAACAAGUGGGUGGGGGUGGGGUAGGGAUGGGAUAGGGGUGGGAAGGGAAAAAUAGUCCUGCCAUUGCCUACCAGUAGGAAAUCCAAACAGAACACUCAUUUGAGUAGCAAUUAUUUAAUUUGCCCAGUCAAGGCACCGUGUUUAUAUACUAUUUCACAUUGAAUUUGAUUAUGCCCUACAGACCUGGCUGGUCAAGGAUUUGAUAUACACAUAUUGGCUUGGGAUUCGAGCUUUCUUUUUUAUUUAAAUGAAAAUUUAUAUAUAUUAUAUAUAUAUAUAUAUACAUAUAUACAUGGCUAUAUCUGUAUAUAUAUCGGGUAUGUUUUAAAGAUUUCUUCGCAUAAGCGCAGCUGUUGCAAUAAAAUGACUGAUUGGGAGGUAGAGGCACCGAAUGACGGUGAGGCAUUUCUCAGUUGAUGCAUACAUUUUCCUUUUAAUUUUAAAUAUUAUACAUUUGUGUGUUUGCUUUUUUGGCCUUUUUUUUUUUUUUAGGAUAAAAUGUCUUACAUUUAUACGUUACUCAUUAUUUAUUGAGAGAAGGAAAGAACUGUUAUGUCUGACAGGAUUUUUAUUUUUCUGCACAUCUAUAAAAUGCCACAUUAUUGGCCUCUUGCCUUCAGUAGACAGAUUUUGGGCAGAUCUUACCUCCUUUGGACAUGUCAGAUAAUUCUUAAGUCUUAGAAGCAGAUGGUUUAUUUUGGAAAUUAGAAUGACUAGGGGAAGAAAUCCUGUGUAUUGGUUUUGUUGGAUUUAAGAAUAAAAGUAAAUUUUCAUUGUGAUGUGUGUGAAACCCCCAAAAGGCACACUGUGCUGCGGUGCACUAGUAUCUCUUUAGAUGUAUUCUUAUAUAGGGAGAAAAUUAGUCUCUUAAAUGGUAGCAUGAGUUCCCCAAGCCCCAGUCUCUAUAGCCUAUCUGGGUUGGGUAGAAAGUGGAAGAUGGUGUGCCUACAAUUCUGCUAUUUGUUAUUUGGUCAUUUUCCCUUAUCGAUUCUUGGGUGUAUUUUUUUUGGGGGGUGGGGAGUAUUUGUUUGUGCCCACUGCCAGGUUUAGGGAUUUAAUAAAACUCCCCACAACUUUGAGGGUUUUUUUUUUUUUUCCUCCCUUUAACAAACUUUGUGUUAUAAGGCAACAAUAAAUUGAGGCAUAACUCAUGACUAACUGCUGUUUUUGUCAAAAUCUAAAAAGCAUUGAUUUUUAUUUGUGUCUUUAGAGACAUUAAAAAAUGAAACCAUCAAACAGGAAGUAGAGCUUUUGCACCACUGCCACCACACCCCUUUUAGGACAGAGUCUUAACCAUGUAGCCCAAACUGGUGGAUUCAAGACCCUUCUGCUUCAGCCUCCUGAGCAAUGGGAUUUCAGGCAUAUGCUGCUGUGUUCAGCAUGCUCAACAAUAUGUGUUUUUUCACAUAAAUGGUUUCUUCUGAAGAUGACUUUUUUUGAGAAUCAUCUCAGAUGAACACAGAAAAUUCUGGAAGUGUUAAGGAGCAUUUUGCUCACACUUGUUCAGAAACAAAGCCAGCAUGUUACUGUAGUGAAUAUGAAAGCACUUUGGUUCAUUCUGUUUUCAGUGAGUCUCUGGAAAAUGGUAAAAAACUGAGAAUGAAAUAUCUAGACUCACUUUCCUAAUUUAUAGACACAAGAUAAGUCUAGUAGCUACCCUCUCCUGGAUAACUUACUGAUUCUGAUGUGACCAAAGAGCCAUUCCUUACCACUUUUCUAAUUAAACAAAACUUGUAGCAUAGGUUUCUAGUAAUAAUGUUCAAAUAACAAGACACUAUUAAUAAUAACUGCAAAUAUUCAACUACUCAGAAUGUAUAAGAACUUGUUUGGUAUGGCAUUAAUGUGGGCCAUUCCCUUCUCUCAUCUUCCUUCCCUUCUUUUUUUUUCCCCCCCACAUAUUUAUUUUUUGCCUAAAAGCAGAAGAUUGAUGCAAUUCUCACUUGCUACUUGGAUACAUGAUCUCAUCAGACUCCCAUGAGCUUCAGUAUGGGAGCUUGAAAUUUAGUUCCUACGUUUCCCAUAAUUGUCUUUUUUUUCUUUUCUUCCUGACCCCUUGACAUUCUGCAGUUUCCCCUUGACUUACCCAAUCUGUAACAGUGACAGUUUGCUGCCUCUAAAUGGAGCAUUCAAAUGAAUUCGCUUAGCCAAUGACUUCUGUGAAGUUGCCUUUUCUAAUGGCGUUAUUACUCAGUGAUGCACAGAUGUGGUAUUUGCCCUACUGGCAGGCAAGCAAAGGGUCUGGUAAAGAAUGAUAACCUGCUAUGUCUUUAAGGAGCGCCAAAGACUUGUGCUUUACUCUGUUUUGGUUUUAGGGGAAAUAGUAGCCAUUUUGAUUAUGAAACCUGGUAGUAUUUGUGAGUUGAUUGUACUGUGUAGAUGUCAGAAGUUAACUGUUAAGGUUAGCUGGCCUUAUAAAAUGUAAAAGUAAUGAAAAUUUAUCAGUUUCUCUAAACCAGUAAAUGUCAUCCUUGACAAUAUUUGUUUAAGCAACUCACUCUCCCUUUUGGGGACUGUCUUGAUGUAAUAGUAUCUUCAGUGUUUUUCUACUUUCACUUGUGCCUAGAGGACAAUGUACUUUCACUAUGGUCAAGUCAUGGGGCUGGGGCUUCUUCCUGAGCUCAAGGCUUGUGAGAAAUGAUUAACUGUAGUUAGUACCUGUUCAGCUUAUGUUCAGGGACCCCUUAUUUUCACUAAAUGGGAUUAAUUUGCUAUUAUUUAUAUGUACAAAAUAGUGAUAGAAUGAAAUUUUACCAUAUUCUCCAUUUGGGCUUUAAAAAAAUUAAGAAUUCAAUAUGUGAAAUCUUUGUGGAAAAAAAAUCUGUAAUGAUUUAGUAAAAGAUAUGGCCUAAUUAGUUUUCAGGAGGAGUUAAUGACCUUGCAAAUUAGCUUCAGUAUUACACUAUUACACACUUGCCCUAUAAAAGGUUUGAGUGUAUUAAAAUCUUGUUAAUACAUGCUUAUAGUGUUGCAAAGGGAUCUCAGCUCCUGAAAAUAGAACUCAGAUUAACCAACUUCUCUGAGACUGUUUAUUCUCCACCGUAUUGGUGAACACAACAAGAAAUUUACUACUGUCACCAUUUUACCUGCAUGCUUGUUUCGCAGAAACACAUCCAUGUCUACCUUGGACAGCUGUGACUUUUGUUAUUUAUUUAUUUAUUCAGCUUAGCUUUAAAAAAAAUUCCUGCUGAAACGACUUGCUGGGAGUAAAUUGUGUUAUUAUUAUUUUUUUUUUAACGUUCUUAGUCAGCUUUUCUGAGCCACUUCAAAGAAAGCUGGUUUUGUUUUGUUUUUUUCAAAAGGCAUAGGAAAUAAUACUGUUUGAAAAUUUAAGAUUCUGUUUCUGUAAUUUCUAAAGGUGUGUUCCUAAGUAAGAGUGUAAUUGAUUAGUAAUACUAAUUUCAUUAAUAAGGAAUAGGAAACCACCACCCCCAGGAGUAAGUGACACCUUGUAAUAAGUGUGUUCUCAGUAGGUAGGCUUUCAAUGCUACACUGAAUAAAGUGGUAAAGAGUCCUUGGGAUCCCGUUAUGAUGAAGGGACUUCCCUUAGCACUGGAAUUGUUCUUAAAGCCUCUGGAUUUCAGACACACACUGAAUUUCCCUGAAUUUAACCUUCAUUUUCACAAGAAACUAAGGCAUUGUAACCCAAGGUGGAAAUUUUAAACCUUAAGACAAUACUGUGUCAGAAAAAUGUGUAUUUAGAAAAAUGAAAUCCUGUGGAGUUUGUUAUCUUAAUGUAUGUUGUAUAGUAGAUAAAGUGAGUUUUGUUUGUUUGUUUGUUUGUAUUGAAGACUCACUUUCUGGUUAGUUCAUCAUUUGGUUUUAUGUUUUCUCUUUUAAUGCUAAGUAGGCAGAGCUCACAAGUCUUUGGCUCCCAUGUUAGGUUGUACACUCAGAGUCAUCUUAUAACUGGAAACUGUCAGGUGGUCCCAACUCCAGUAAGUGCAUGAAAGGCCAAGAAAUGGAUGCAAACAAAUGCUGGGGAUAAUGGUCUGCGUUCUGUGUUUGGUUUUAGUCUCCUUUUUGAAAUUGCAUCUUUAUAAUUUAUUGGGGUAGCCUGUUCUGUUUGUUGGCUGGCAUUUCACAGUAAUAUCCAAACACACCGUAAAAUUUUGUUUCUCUAUUUACAGAGAAAUAACAACUUUUGCUUUUUAGCUCUACACUCCCUGUUUAGCUAAGUCCUGAGAAAUUUUUCCCCCAUCUGCUUUUUGGUUUGGUUUUUUUUUUUUUUUUUCCAACUUUUCACUUAUCCUCUUUUUCAUCUUUUUGUCUUCCCACCUUCUGGAUGUAAAAGAACUUGAAAGAAAAAAAAAAUCAUUCACAGGUCCUAGGCCUCAGAAUCUUACUUUUUAAUGAAUCUGUGACUUUCCAGGAGUAAUACAGAAAGUGAACCAGGGUUAUAAAAAACCUUUCACCCACCUAAACAUUUUCCAGUUGUGAGGUUCCUCUUCGUGUGUGGUCUUUUCCCUUUUACCCCCGCCACCCUUCCCUGACUAUGGUCAAUUGGUCUCUUGGCUCAUACUAGUCUCCUGAGACAUUCUGCAGUCAUUAUCACCUUUUUGGGUGGAUUUUACUUAGUUUUUGUUUUGUUUUGUUUUUAAAAAAAAUAACAUUGAUUCAUAUUUGCUUGGGAUAGAGCUUGUGUAAUUACCAAUCGUAUUGAUUGUAUGUGAUUGUGCCCUGCAGAGGUAUACUUAACAAAAGUAAUCUAAGCUAAUAAAGGAGCCCAUGAGAUUUGAGUCAGAAUAGAGAUGGCUUUAUGAAAUUGCAGUUUCAGGUCGUGUGACUUCCCUUCUCAGAAUCAGUGUUGUAUAAAAUACUAUUUUAAAAGAUUUUCCUACAUUCCUGUAUUUUUCCAUUGCCUCAGUUCCUUAUUCUUUUUGUGUCAUUCUCUACCCACCUGCUCAGAUUUCUUUUGGAUUGAGUCUUGAAGUAACAGUUGACUUUUAAAUUAAUGAAUUUUGUGAAAAUUUACAUUUUUCCAAAUGUUUCCAAUUGAGAACAAACAAUGGGUUGGGGUUCACCAGCCUGUGACUAACUUCUUAGCGUCUGGCCAAAGGUGAGAUUUUGUAUGGAGGCAUUAUCUUCUGAAAGUUCUUUUUUUAAUAGGAAAAAAGAAAAAGAAUCUAACUUGAAAUGGAACAUUCCUUUUCUUGUUUAAUCUAUUUAAUAUUUCCACUUUUUAAACGGCCUUCAAAACACAUUAGGUGGAAAAAAAAGAAAUAGUGUGUUUAGGGCUACAGAACUAUGGAUCUGAACGAGUACAUGUUCCGCUUGUUGCAUAUUUUUGAGAAGAUUAAGGCCUUCUCUCUCAAUUUUGUAUUAUUUGUGUGCAUGUUGUUUAUAUUAAAGAUGCCACAUUUUGUUAAAGUGCUAUUUCCUUUAUUACCUUGGAAACUGACUCAGCCUCUUGUUGCUCCUAAUUAGGAUUUAAGGCUCUUGUGAGUUGCAGAUAAAAGGGUUCAUUUUAACAAAUAGAAGGAGGUGAUUCACCUUUUGGAUUGUAAAUAUAUGAAAGUGUCUACAAGGUCUUUAUCUGCUUUCUGUCAGCAUUUAUAUUAAAUGAUAAAUUAAUGAGGA